AUGAGCACAAGCAACUAUACCGCCGCUCCCCCGCCCUACCAUGAUUCUCCAAAGCUCUCAGCAGUGCCUGAGGAGGAGGCUGCGCAGCCUCUACUCGGAAGUCCCAGGGCCGGUCCUAGUGCGGGCGGCAUCUUCGAGCAACCCGCUUUCGAUGACAUUCCGGACGAUUUCAAGUACGGGACCACUGUUGCCGACAGUGCACCGGAGAUCCGGAGAGCCUUCGUGAGGAAGGUCUAUACGAUUCUCUUCUGCCAAAUUCUCGCUACUUGCUUCGUCGCUGGUGGUAUUUCUCAUUCGCCCAAUGCCAUCCUGUGGGUUCAGACCCACAUCUGGUCCCUCUAUAUACCCCUCUUUGGUACCUUGGUCAACCUCGGCCUGCUCUACUGGAAGCGUCACAGCCACCCGUCUAACCUAAUCCUUCUAUCAACGUUCACCCUCUUGGAGGCCUUUACCCUUGGGGUCACUACCGCGUUCUUCGACACAGCGAUUGUCCUUCAAGCACUACUAAUCACUGUGGGAGUGUUUCUUGGCCUGACCCUUUUUACUCUGCAGUCCAAAUAUGACUUCUCUGGGAUGGGCGCCUGGCUCUUUGGCGGCCUGAUGGCCCUCAUGAUGACUGGCCUCGUCGGUAUCUUUAUACCGUUCGGCCGUGCUAUGGACAUCGUGUUCGCUUGCGGUGGCUGCUUGAUCUUCAGCGGCUAUGUCGUCUAUGAUACCUACAUGAUUACCAAGAGGCUCUCACCGGAUGAGUAUAUCAUGGCUGCUAUCAGCCUGUAUCUUGACUUCAUCAAUCUCUUCAUCAAUAUCCUCCGCCUCCUCAACGACCUACAGGACCGCUAGACUAUUCACGAAUGUUGUGAAUAUCUGCCCUUAUUGGUCCCCGGCGCGCCCUAUCUAAAUUUUGUACAAUAUGGUAUGAUGGACCAAUCGUGUUGUUUGCGUCAACAGUUGUCAUGGAGAUCCACCUUGUACACUAGCACCUGACAACAAUAAUGGCGAUGUUUGUGCUGUCUGAUGGACUGGGU